AUGGCUGGUGACGGUUUAGAAAAAUUUACUGAAGUUCCUAUUGAAUUCUUCAAAGAUGGUACUGCUUUUGUUCAAAAAUGUACUAAACCAGAUAAAAAAGAAUACAUCAAAAUCAUCAGAGCUGUUGGUGUUGGUUUUAUUAUGAUGGGUCUUGUCGGUUAUGCCAUCAAAUUAAUUCAUAUCCCAAUUCGUUACUUGAUUGUAUAA